CGUCGGUGGCUUUUUGCCGAGGUUAUCAACCCCAUCCCUUGAAAAAUCCCAAGCUACCAACUUCAUCUUCAUCAACCAUGAAAAUGUUCAGCGCUUUGCUGACAGGCCUUUACGGCAGCUUUUUGGCACAUGCGUAUCCCGUUGAUCACCCUGCCAAGUUUUCCAGGCUUAUCGUUUUUGGUGAUAGUUUCAGCGAUAACGGGAAUGGUUCUUGGGUCGUGAGCAAUGGGACUUGGCCUGUUGAUCCAGCAUACUACCACCACUCUUUCUCUAAUGGACCGAAAUGGAACGAUGUAGUGGCCAAGCAGCUGAAUCUUGAGCUCAUCAACCUCGCGACGGGUGGAGCGACUACGAACAAUGAUUUCGUCGCUGGAGGUACAGGUGCUGAGUCGACGAUUCCUGUGCCUUCAGCUGCCGAUCAAGUUCUGUCGUUUCUAUCUUGGGAUAAACCUCAGGCUGGUGAUAUCUUUGUUCAUUGGAUUGGUGCCAAUGAUAUUCUUUUCAACACAAGUAUUACUGGUGGGCAGAUCACAAGUUUGAUCAACGAGAACGUCAACAGAUUAUAUCAAGCCGGUGCAAAGACUAUCAUCUUAGCAAAUUAUCUCAACGCAACGACCUUUCCAGCAACAUAUAAUUCCUCAACCUACAACAUCCCCAGCGUGCAAGACUACGUCCCCGCCUUGACAAAGGGUCUCGAGCAGAUUGCAGCAGGAUACUCAGCAUACGCCAAAACCGCAGUGAUCGACGUACAGGAUCUAUUCAACGACAUGUUUUCGGAUCCCGAGGCGUACGGGUUCGAUGAAGACUAUGUUAAUCCUCCGACUGCCUGUCUCACGGGCGUUUAUACGAGCGAGGGUGUUCCACGACAUUUAUGCAGUGAUCCGGAGAAGCAUAUCUUCUUCGAUGAAUACCAUCCCGUUAAAGAGGUACAUGCUUUGGUAGCUAAGUUGUUUGUGGAGAGUAUUGAGGGGUUCUCGGCUUGAUCUUGUUGGUCAAGUGGUAGGGUAAGCGGACGCAAGAUUUAAAUUUAGGAUCUUUAUCCUAAGCGACAAAAGAGCUUGAGUAAACUUAUAGUAGUUUAGACGAGAUGGUUUAGGUAAACUCAGUCUAUAAGUAGUCUGAGAAAUGUUUCAUUGCUCUC